CAGUCGCGCUGAGGCAGCGCAGCUCGUUCCUACAAUGCUUUGAAGGGACUUGGACGCACGUCUUCGGUGAUUGGAGAGCUGUGCAGAAAGAAAAGGAACAACCUCGCCUCCUCAAACACCGAGCGAGGUUGUGGGCUGCGGAGACGGGAGGACAACACAAGCAGAAAGUAACUGAUCUCCAGCUGCAUUCGUCAUGUCAUCGUCCGGUAAAGACAACAGCGGAGCCCCGCAUGCCAAUUACGUGGGACCGUACCGAUUGGAGAAGACGUUGGGCAAAGGACAGACAGGAUUGGUCAAGCUUGGAGUUCACUGUGUAACAUGCCAGAAAGUUGCCAUAAAGAUAGUCAAUCGUGAGAAACUCAGCGAGUCAGUACUAAUGAAGGUGGAGCGAGAAAUAGCCAUUCUGAAGCUCAUAGAACACCCGCAUGUUUUAAAGCUACAUGACGUCUAUGAAAAUAAAAAAUACUUGUACCUUGUACUAGAACAUGUGUCCGGUGGUGAACUUUUUGACUAUUUGGUGAAGAAAGGCAGAUUAACGCCUAAAGAAGCCAGAAAAUUCUUCAGACAGAUCAUGUCUGCGCUGGAUUUUUGCCACAGUCAUUCUAUAUGCCACAGGGAUUUGAAGCCGGAGAACCUGUUGCUAGAUGAAAAGAAUAACAUCAGGAUAGCAGAUUUCGGCAUGGCCUCUCUUCAGGUUGGAGACAGUCUUUUGGAAACCAGCUGCGGCUCUCCACACUACGCAUGUCCAGAAGUCAUCAGGGGGGAGAAGUAUGAUGGGAGGAAAGCGGACGUCUGGAGCUGCGGGGUGAUUCUUUUUGCCCUGCUGGUGGGAGCACUGCCAUUUGAUGAUGACAACCUGAGGAAUCUGCUGGAGAAAGUGAAGUUAGGAGUGUUUCACAUGCCCCACUUUAUCCCUCCAGACUGUCAAAACCUCCUGCGGGGCAUGAUAGAAGUGGAUGCCUCCAAAAGACUAACGUUAGAAAAGAUCCAGAAGCAUACAUGGUACAUAGGGGGCAAGAACGAGCCCGAGCCAGAGCAGCCGGUGCCGCGGAAGGUGACCAUACGCAGCCUCCCAUCUGCAGAUGACAUCGACCCUGACGUCCUGGACAGCAUGCACUCUCUGGGUUGCUUCAGGGACAAGAAUAAACUGCUGAAAGACCUCCUCUCGGAUGAUGACAACCAAGAAAAGAUGAUCUACUUCCUGUUGUUCGACCGUAAAGAGAGGUACCCCAGUCAAGAGGACCAGAAUCUUCCCCCUCGCAAUGAAAUCGAUCCUCCAAAGAAACGGGUCGACUCUCCCAUGUUGAAUCGACACGGCAAACGGAGACCAGAGAGGAAGUCCAUGGAAGUCCUCAGUGUCACGGACGGAGGCUCACCAGUGCCAGCCAGGCGGGCCAUCGACAUGACACAGCAUGGACAACGGUCACGGUCUAUUAGUGGAGCCUCUUCAGGCCUCACCACCAGCCCGCUCAGCAGCCCACGGGUUACACCCCAUCCUUCCCCUCGAGGUAGUCCCCUACCCACUCCAAAGGGCACCCCGGUGCACACGCCCAAGGACAGCCCCGCCGGGACACCCACCCCGACCCCACCACCAAGCCCCUCCAUUGGUGGCAUGCCAUGGAGGACGCGCCUCAAUUCCAUCAAGAACAGUUUACUGGGCUCGCCACGCUUCCACCGCAGGAAACUCCAGGUUCCCACACAAGAAGAGAUGUCCAGCCUCACUCCAGAGUCUUCCCCAGAACUUGCCAAAAAAUCCUGGUUUGGGAACUUCAUCAACCUGGAAAAAGAGGAGCAGAUCUUCAUUGUCAUCAGGGACAAGCCUCUCAGCUCCAUCAAGGCUGACAUCGUUCAAGCAUUUCUCUCGAUCCCCAGCCUGAGCCACAGUGUCAUAUCACAGACUAGUUUCCGAGCAGAAUACAAGUCCACGGCCGGCCCCACAGUCUUUCAGAAGCAGGUCAAAUUCCAGGUGGACAUCACCUACACGGAGAGUACGGCUGCCACAAAGGAGAAUGGCAUCUACUCCGUCACCUUCACCCUGCUCUCAGGACCCAGUCGGCGCUUCAAGCGGGUCGUGGAGACCAUUCAGAGCCAAUUGUUAAGCACACAUGACCAGCCUGGAGUCCAGCAGCUGUCUGACGAGAAGAACGGCCAGGUGCCAUCAAAGCGCUGCCCCUCGCCCGCGCAAGCACGCAGGCAAGAACAGGAAAACAAUGCCGCCAAAUGUCCGCUCGUCAAGUUGACGCUACAAGAGGAGUCGCUAGAUCUGAACUAGAUAGGGAGCACCAUCAUCAUCUUCUCAUCCCUCCUUUCCACCUCCUUUCUUCAUGCUGCUAACGUGUGUGCGCUAACCUCACUUGUCUCUCACCCCAGGACUUAUCCAGAAAACCUAUUAAGUCCCGUCCCCGUCCCUAACCCUUCCUGAACCGUCCCACCCCGAGAGAUGGACGUGCGCAUGGAGGACUGCUUUUGAGAGGUUUGCGUUACCACGGAAACAGAUCCUUCAUGCAGACUUCUACUACCAUCAUCUUUCCCAACCCUGCGUGCUCUGACAGUAGAAGUAGAUGACUGUUCCUUUGGUGUUUCUGAUACCCCGCUCCUUCCACGCCUGCCUCAGAAAACAAGCAUUUUGCUAAGAGACUCAACAUGCAUACCAGCACAUUUCCAGUAUGCACACUAAACUCUGGGAUGUAUUACCAAGGAGAAGAUGAGGAGGAGGCGAAGAAGAGCCGACAUGGACGGUCGCCGGAUUGUAUUUUAGUUUUGUGCUUUCUUUGAGAUGAACUAUGUGUAAAGUUCCCACUUGACCCGAAUACCAAUACUGCUGCAAAUGAACUUUUCAGAGAGAAGCUGUAGGUGGGGCGGCGGGUCAUCAAAAUUUGGACGGGUGGGUGAUUAUCUGAAAAUGAAUGAUUUAUCCUGUUGUACAGAUUGCAGUCAUUUCUGAUGUACAAAGAGUUGUUUUGUUGUGACGCGAUGUUUUGGUAGCCAAUAGAAAUCAUCUGUAAUUUUGGUCUCAUGAUCAUUUUGUCUUUCAUGUUCUCUACAGCACUUUGUCUUUAUUUCUCCAUUCAGACCUCUCUUUCUCUCACGUAUACUUACCAGCAGUAGGAAAAAAAGAACAAACAUUAUGUGAUACGUGCUUAUUUUUGUACUUGUGGCCCUUAUUUAUUCAUCUCACGGUGUCAUUUCCUAAUUUAUUAUAACUAUUUAUAUGAGCAAAGCUGUUAGGUCAGUUGAAUGUUAUUUAUUAUUGCCCUCUUGUGUGUUUGUAAAUGGGGCAUCACUUGACGAAAAACAAGAUUUCGUUUUAGUCCAAUGAUGAAUCUUCUUCAAUGACCAGGGGAAAAAGAACUUGUGAAAGCAAACAAACAAAAACAAAAAAAAACAUACCAGUGAUUUAAGAAUGUAGACUUAGCCUCUUUUUGGAGAGAGGGAAUGCUCUUUUAUUGAUAUUUGUCAGUUUCUAUAUUAUUGUUUGUGUAGGCUGGGCCUGAGAAGGAUGACAUUGAUCCACAGGUCUUCUCUUUGUAAAUAGAUCGUUCCAAAAUGGGGUUGAUUGUCUCCUUAACCAUGCUGGGGAUUCCUGCUCUAUACAUUUGCUUGUAUUGCUGUGUGCAUGUCAAACAUGAGCUUUUCUUUGCAUGGCUUUUGGUGUAAAUGUUUCACGCUAAUCAGUCGCCACAAAACUACUGUUUCCGUUGGCCGACCCUUCCUUCCUUUUUAGCUUUGCCUAUAGUUCCGACUUUUUUUUUUUUUUUUUUAAUCUCCCCUCCCAUCCAAUUGAUCUAUGUUCCUCUUUUGUUUAUCUUGCGCACAACGUUUUUGAGCAAUGCCUCUCAGUCUGUGCCACUCCAUGGAGAACUUGGACGUCUGAGCUGUUUUAUGUGGGGGUUCCGAAAGCACAGGGAGAGGAUAUCAUUACAUACCAAUAGAAAGCAAUACCCUCAUGUCAACUCUCCUUUGUUUUCUACAAAUGAAAAGCAAGCAGCUCAGAGGACAGUCAGUGCUUCAGAGAGCCAGAGCAGGAGUAAUCUCCAUAUAACAUAACUACGAUGAGCAUCAUCAGUGCUGGAAAUAAUAAAAUCAUUCCGUUAUAGGUGACUGAUUCACAAUUUGGUUUUGUCUGAUAUCAGAGAUUAAAUAAAGAAAACCAACUGGCUGA